AUGGUAAUCGGCGUUCUGGUUUCCUCACUUCUUUUUGCGGGGAUCGCUUCUUCUCAGCAGACAACAUAUGACUAUAUUGUAGUAGGGUCUGGACCCUCGGGGAUCGUUAUGGCAGACCGCCUAUCAGAGGCAGGAAAGUCGGUACUCUUAAUUGAGCGUGGCGGACCAAGCACAGCUCUAACAGGGGGGACUGAUACUCCACCAUGGUCCACCAGAACCAAUCUCACUCGCUUUGAUAUUCCUGGAAUGUUUGACACCAUGUUCUCAGAUGUCUCACCACUCGCUGGAUGUCUCGUUGGAGGAGGCGCCGCAAUCAACGGAAUGCAGUAUUGGUAUCCUCCUGAUGCCGAGUAUUCUACAUCGAACGGAUGGCCAAGUGGCUGGCAAUCAGUCUCUACCUACGUCGACAAACUUAAGGCUCGUCUUCCGUCUACGGAUAUACCAUCUAAAGAUGGAAAACGCUACCUAACUCAAAUCCAUGAUGUCAUCAAGUCCCUCCUCGACAAGCAAGGUUAUAGCGAGCUUACAGUCAACAAUAGCCCAAAUACUAAAGAUAAAAUUUAUGGCUUUACCGCCUUCCCAACCCAAGGUGGAAAACGGACUGGUCCGAUGGAUACCUACCUGAAGACGGCUCGGGCUAGGUCUAACUUCAAGCUCGUAACAAACACCAAUGUCCUCGCAGUCGUGCGUAACGGUGCACAGAUCACGGGUGUUCGGACUGACAACAGUGCGCUUGGAACCAACGGCAUUGUAUCUUUGACGUCCAAGGGUCGUGUCGUUCUAUCGGCCGGAGUGUUUGGUACUGCUAAAAUACUUUUUCAGUCUGGAAUUGGGCCUUCGGAUAUGUUGUCAAUUACAGCAUCAAACCCAACGAGCUCACAGUACAUGCCUCCGUCGUCACAGUAUAUCAACCUACCUGUAGGCAUGAACGCCAAAGACAGCCCAUCUAUAACCCUCACCUUCGCACAUUCGAGUGUUCCCAACUACAGCUGGGGAUCAGUCUGGUCCAAUCCUCCCUCGGCUGAUGCAAGUCAAUAUGCUAGCCAACAAGCGGGUAUUCUUGCAGGUAACUCGUACGACGUCAGCUUUUGGCGCCCGUACACCGGAUCCGACGGUAUCAAGCGCUAUGUACAGGGCUCCGCCCACGGUGGAGGCUUUGGGUUCGCUUCGGGUCUGUUCACCGUCUACAUGUAUAUCACCCAGGGUCUUACCUCAACUGGUCGCAUCGGGAUCGAUUCGUCUCUGCGCGGUGUGGUCCUUAAAAAUCCUUGGCUUGCCGACCAGGCAGAAAAGACAGUGAUGACGAAUGCAGUGACAGACGUGCUAUCAACGUACCAGCAGGUUUCAGGUCUUCAGUUAAUUUCACCUAGCAGCGGCACGCUGGUUUCUACGCACGUGUCUAAUACAGUGGGAGGUUCUAAUCACUGGACCAGCACGACUCGAAUUGGUACCAGCUCGUCGACCUCGGUUGUGGACUCAAACACGAAAGUCUGGAAUACUAAUAACCUGUUCAUUGUUGAUGCGGGUAUACAUCCUGGCAUGCCCAUGAGUAAUCCCUUUGGGUCGUUUAUGGUGAUGGCAGAGCUUGCGGCAGCCAAGAUUCUCGGAUUGGCUGGCGGUCCAUGA